CUAUGUUCGAUUGAUUUCCCACAGGAAGGGUUUCUUGUGGGUAAUAUAUUCCUUUUUUCAUCAUGGCGUGCUCUGCUCAAUCCGUCACUAUCGAGUCCUACCUCGACAACUCGGCUUUCUCCUCGGCUUACGCUACUCCCUCCGAGGAGACCUCUCUGCUCCGAGACCGGAAGCGAAGGCAUUCUUUCCAUACUGCGAGGAAGCUAUCUUGCGACUAUGAUGCAGAUGCUGUAUUCCUAAGGGUUGAGCUCUUCCUUGCGGAACUGGAAAGACGCCUCCACUGGAUCGAACAAUAUCGCCGAUCUCACAUGGUCCAGAUCGAUACCAGCCUACGCAGAGCUUAUGCAACACUCGAGGCUGUACGUGAUCAGUGCUCCCAUGCAUCGGGGGAGCUGAUGGGUAGUGGCAAGAAGAGGGCAAAGAUUCUGGUGGAGACUUUGGAAGACCGUUAUAACGAUGCGUUGGCGACGAAGGAAACAUUGGAGCAAAAGGCUCAAGCAGGUGUCCGCUUGAUGGAGUCUUUCUUGACAGAGCUGGAAUCUCGCGCCCAUGCUGUCCGGGGCCGCGGCGUCUACGGAGCUCUGGACGAUGGCUGGAAGGCGGUCGAUUCGAAGUUGGUCCAAGCGAAGGAAGUGAUGGACGAGGGAAUGGAACGGGCUCGCAUGGUCAAAGAUGCGCUCCGAGAAAGCAUCGACCAGGCUAUCCUUCUAGCCCAAGAGAAACGGUUAAUCGCCUAUUCAGAGCUACCGGAUCCGUGGAGAAUAAACCCUCAUAUUCUCUCUGGCUAUCGGUUCACCUCAUCCAAGGUGGAAUGCUUCACUUCUAUGUUCACACCCUCCAACGAACUCGUCAACAUCUGGUCUCACCUAAUCGGACUUAUCAUUGUUCUCUCCAUCGCUUUCUACUUCUACCCGCUGAACCCUAACUUUCACCUAAGUACUAAUGCUGACAUGCUCAUCGCGGCCGUCUUCUUCUUCGCCGCUUGCAAAUGCCUGGUCUGCAGCACCUUAUGGCACACAAUGAACAGCAUUGCCAGUCAACCACUGAUGGAGCGCUUUGCCUGUGUCGACUACACUGGAAUUUCCUUCCUCGUCGCCGCGUCUAUCGUGACCACCGAGUACACGGCCUUCUACUGUGAACCCACAUCUCGCUGGGUUUACAUUCUCCUCACAAUGUCCCUAGGAAUUGGCGGCGUCAUCCUUCCUUGGCACCCUACUUUUAACCGCGCGGACUUCGCCUGGAUCCGGGUCGCCUUCUACGUCACUCUGGCGCUGACAGGCUUUGCGCCUAUCGCUCAACUAACCUACACCCGCAGCUUCUUUUGGUGCCUCUAUUUCUACGCUCCUGUCAUGAAGAGCAUCCUCGUGUACUUCGCCGGAGCCUGUGUCUACGCCUCUCAGGUUCCGGAACGCUGGCGUCCAGGCCUUUUCGACUACUGCGGUGGCAGCCACAACAUCUGGCAUCUUGCUGUUCUUGGAGGCAUCCUAUUCCAUUACCAUGCCAUGCAGGAUCUCUUCGCCAACGCUUUCCAGCGCGCGCAGGGCGAAUGCCCUAACCUUACCUCCUAACUUAAUUAGACGUUAUCCAUCCUACGUCUACAUAAUACCAUAUCCUAUCCAUCAUUAACGUCCAUGGUUGUUUUCGGUUUCUGGAUUGAAAAGUGCCGACUGUGAGAAUGAAGCACGAUGUAUAUACGAAUUUCGCUUUGAGCUGCCCUGUACAAAGCACAUCACAGGCAAUUAGACAAUAGACCGUCUUUCAUUUUGAAUUCGAGGCUGGAUUUCAAAUGAUCCCGCUAGUUGCUUUGUUUCUCUCUUCUGAAUAAGUUCCUUGCAUGGUUCGAAGGAGCCCACUAUGGAUGGCUAGGGGGACCUCUGUGGUAAUUGAGCAACUAGCUGUGGGCUAAUAAAGUAUUUUGCAUCCCUGGAGUACCCUUUUUUACUUUAUUUCUUGCUGGCUAUGUCCGAUAUCCAUAUCUUUCUUAGUGCAUAGCUAUAUUAUUGUUAUUAAUGGACUGCCA